CAGCUGAUCACACAGCUCGUUUGUGGCAUGAUAUUCUUUACAACGUAUUUCCAACGUUUUUGCUUAUGUUGUGAUUUUAUUAUUAGUUAUGUGAAUUAAAGUUUAUAGAUAUUUAUUAUGAGUGAUAUUAAUAUGAAGUGUGUAUUUUGUGGUGAAAAUACUUUGCAAAAAACAAUUAAAUUUACAUUACAAACAUUACAAAAAUGUUUAAAUGUUUUAGAAUAUCGCCGGAGCAAACCGGUUGUCCGAAAAUCUCGAACAACAUACGAUAAUCUAGAACUUUCGAUAGAAUCUUCAUUGAAUGAAGUGUAUUACGCACAGUGCUAUAAAUUAUUUACAGCAAUAAAAAUACCGCGAGACUUUUAGUAUUUGCAACCACAGCAAAGUUUAAUGGAUCAUGACAAUGCAUCAGAAGUUUCUGGGAAUAUCUCCUAAUCACAUUCUUCUGUUUCUGGAGAGUGCUCCAAAUCACAUGCUACUGUUGAUUCCGCGUCUACUGAGGCUGUUGGUACAUCGACGGACGACUACGCAAUCUGAGGAUGAAAUCGAGCCAGAGGAGGAAGAUGAUUCUACCGAUGAAGAUGAUGAUUAAAAAAAAAUACUCAAAAAA